AACAUGCACUCACACUCGUGCAGUGGCAGCGGCAGCGGCAGAACUGCAGGCAGCGAAAAUCGAAGAGAGCGGAAUCAUGAAAGAGUAUCGGUUUCUCUAUCGAAGCGUUCGGACGUCGAAAGAUAAAACGAACUUAAUUUAAAUCAAAUCCAUCUGCGAUCAAAUUGAACAACAAUUAUGAUUGAUUCUUAAGCGGCGCGCACAUACGUAUUUAAUUAAUCGAUUUUGAUGCUUAACAAAUAAUAUAGAAAGUUGAAGUGAACUUGCCAAAAUUCGCGAAUCGCUGGAAAUUUGCGCGUGUGCGGGUGGAACAGUGACACUCGUGUGAAAAUCAUCGCCAAGGAAAAGGCGGAUAAUAAAAAAGGAAAAACGCCCGCGGCGAAAAUUAUUGCAUUUGUGUGGGUGUGCGAAAUAAAGAAGGCAGAAAUAUCAGAGCAAAGAAGUUCGAGAAAUUGCUAAAAAAAAAUAAUUAAGUGUGUUUGUGCUUGUGUGAGUGGGUGACAAAUGAAUGGGCAGCGAAAAAGACGAGAAGUCAAUCAGCGAUAAGCAGUUAAAACAAACAAAAAAGACUCCAAACGCAUGUUACGCACAAUAGCUGGUCCUAAGAACUAGGGGAUUUUGAACAUGAACAAAAAUGCCGGCGAUGGCAGCGAUGGCAAAAACUCAAACAAAAACUCGAACGCGGGAGGGGGUGCUGGAGCCGGGGGGCCGCACGACCCCACCGGCCUCCUAGAUGCAGCUUCCCUGUUUGCCUACUGGGGACGUGAUCCCACUGGAGCGGCGGCUGCAGCUGCCUCCAAUCCGCUCUUCAACUCGCAGUUUAAUGCCGCCGCUGCUGCCGGCUUGGGUUUAUUGCCACAAGCCGGAGGCGCCUCUGCCAAUGACCGUUAUUCCAUGGCAGCAGCAGCGGCAGCGGCGGCGGGAGCCCAUCACCACCAGAACACGAUGGCAGUGGCCGCUUCCCAGGCCGCCAGUUUGGCCGGUUUGCAUCCAGCAAGCUGGUGGUCAAUGGCCCAGUUAGCUGCCCAGGAUUACUUCAGUCGCCUGCAAGCAUCGGGUCUCUCACCCUUCCCACAUCCCGAUUUGGCGGCUGCCUUUGGACCAGCUGGAAUGGGAAUGGGCGGCGGUGCUGGUGGAGCGGGUGCUGGAGGAGGUGGAGCAGGUGUACUCGGCCAGGGCGGCGGUGGAAACGGCGGCAGUGGCAACGGUGGUGGUGGAUCCUCAUCUGGCUCCUCCGGCAGCAAGUCAAACAAGUCGCGCAAGGAGAAGCGAGCUGCCCAGCAGCAACAGCAACAACAGCAAAGUCUGGCCAACAGUCUAAAUGCGGCAGCUGCGGCGGCGGCAGCAGCAGCAGCCAAUAAUCCAGCCGCCGCGCUGGCCAGCAUGCAUGGUUUUGGGGUAGGAGUUCCGGGCACUAGCAUUCCGUCGGUGAGCACGGGUAGCGGCUCGAUAUCCACAAAUAGCGGAGGUCAUGGAAGUUACAAGAGCACGGCCAGCGCUUAUGGUAAGCCCUCGACUAUGACGAGCAGCAGCAUGGCUAAUAAUCCGGGCUCUGCCUACGAUCCGGUGACCCUGCACAAGGAGCUGCUGGCCAUGCAGGCCGUGGCAGCCGCUGCUUCCGGCUCAGGCUCAAGCGGUUCCUCGGGCAAGAAGUCCGGUGGGGGUGGCUCCUCAUCGUCCUCAAUGCAUGGCCUUGGCAUGGGAAUGGGCAGCGGCGGUGGCAUGAUGUCCAGUGGCAAAGCUUCGACCAGUGUGAGCGCCAGCAAUUCCUCAUUGGGAGGAAUGCAUCCCAGUUUAACCAGCAGCAAUCCGCUGAUGUCGCCGCAUGCGGGAUUGGGCUCCUCGUCUUCAUCAUCGAGCAAGGAUCGUGACAAAAACAAUCCCUCGCUCAACGCUCUUAACUCGCUUUCGCAGUUUGGAGCGUUGGGAAUGACGCCGCAGCAGAGCAUGCAGGCGGCAAUGAAUGCUUUUGCAGCCAGCACAGGUGUGUCGCCAUCCGCCACGGUAACGUCCUCGCCGCAUCACUCCUCCCAGCAGCAGCAGCAAAUGGGAGGCAGCAGUUCCACAUCGGGAUCGGGCAAAUCCAGUUCUAAGGAUUACAUGAUGGGUACUGGUAGUGAGCAUCCGUCUCUGCUCGGAGUUCGUUUACCACCGGACACGGAGAUAAUCAAGUACACGUCCUCGAUUGUGGGACCCAAGAUUCCUGGUACUACCUCGCGCGGUCGCAAAAAGACUAUUUCCGAAACAGAACAGCAAACAACACAACAACAACAACAGAAACAACAACACCAAGCAGAACAACACCUACUCCAACAACAGCAACAAGCACAAAAAGAGCUCGACAGCACCAAAAAUGCCAUUUCCUCUCUGCUUGCAUUUCCAGGUCUCAGUCCCGCGAAGCGGGCUAGACUCGAAAUGGAGUACGCGGCGAUGGCUGCGGCCGCCCAACAGCAGCAUCAGCAGGCUCAGCAGCAGCACCAGGCGCAACAGCAACUCCAUGGGAUGCUCGGAGCAGCCGGUAUCCCGGGAAUGGCUGGACUGGUCGGUAUGCCUGGCAUGAGUGGUAAUCCACUCGAUCAGUUGAGUGUAAGCAAGGCCAGUUCUUCAACGGCUCCCACAACCAGUACCAGUUCCUCCUCGGCAGGGAGCAACCUGCUCAACCAGAGCAAUAGUGAUCGCGUGGAGGUUAUCAAACUGCCACCCACAAUCACUUCCAACGGAGCCUAUAAUCUCUCAAGUAAGGGAAAAGAGGUGCACGACCUCACCACCGACAUGGCACCCACCUCUGGAGGUGUGAAUCUCAGCCUAAAGUCCAACGCGAGCGGCAACGCCUUGACGCCCAGCGGUGCCGUCGGCUCAGCCAGCAAUCCCAUUACCAUCGAUGACUUUGACGCACCACUUAAUCUUUCCAUGAAGCCCUCGGAUAAGAGCAACAGUAGCUCAACAAACGCAGCAGCCGGGGGCUCCUCCUCUUCCACCGCAGCAUUGGCUAACUUGGCGAGCGAUUAUCAGGCAGCGUCCAGUGGUCAAAGCGGCAAUAGCCUGCAGAGUUUAAGCUCUAUUACAGCCGCUCUGGGUGGAACUGGGGGUAUGCCUGGUGGUUCCAUUUCCGGCAGCGGAGGAACCUCUCCAGCACCGGCUGGUGCCGGAUCAGGAGGCACGGGUGGUGGUUCGGCAUCUGGUUCCGGUGGUGGAUCGUCCUCUUACAAAGAGGGAAGACCACGUAACCUGGGUCGUGGCGUAUCCAAGCCCAAGAAGAACACAGUGGCUUCGUUGUUGGCUCAAUCCCGAGCUGUGGGCCUUAAACCCAUGCUGGCUACCCAACAACUUCUUCAACAGGGUGCUGAUAUUGAGAAAAUCCGCCUGGCACUGAGCGAAGCCAAUGCCCAUAUGGAGACUUCUACGGAUUCCGAGAGCGUAGCGGCCGAAAGUGGACUUUCAGAGUCUGAGAGUGAGGAUGCCAACAUUCUGAAUGUAGCGGAGCUAAGGGUGCCACUGGAAUUGGGCUGGAAGCGUGAGACGGUGAUUCGUGGCCUGACUAAACAAGGCCAGAUCCGUGGAGAGGUCACCUAUUAUGCACCAGGAAGCAGCACGCCGCUGAAGAGCAACGGACAGGUUUUUGCUAUCCUGGAGCAGCAGCCAUCGAAUCUAAGCCGUGAAAACUUUAGUUUCUCCGCGCGAGCCAUUGUUGGUUCAUUCCUGCAGCCCGCACCACCGCCGUACGCCAAUGAUGGCGAGUACAUACGGAUGACGGACGAGGACGUGGCCAAGCGGCUGGAGGAUCUGAAGGUCUUCACCCGCCAGACACUUAACGUGGAACAGCGGAUUGAGAUCGCCAAGCAACAGCAGGCGAUGCGUGAUGCCAAGAAGCUGCAGAAGGAGGAAUUGGCCAGAAAUAAGGAGAAGGCUCGCCAGGAGAAGAACUCCAAGUUGGAGCAGCAGCGCAAGGACAAGGAGCUCAAGAAUCAGCAGGCUGUUGAGGAGCGCAAAAAGCGUCAGGAGGAGCUAGAUCGCCUUAAGCAAGAGGAAUUGCUUAAGAAGCAACAGGAGAAAGAAAAGCGUCGUCAGGAGGCCAUUUUAGCUAAGGAACAGGAACUACAAAAACAGAAAGAAAUGCUGUUGGCUGCCGAAAUGGAACGAGAACGUCGUCGCCAACACAUGAGUCUCAUUCGGAUGUUGGAGCUGCGUCGGAAAUUCGAGGAUCGUGAAAAGAAGAAACAUCAGCUGGUGCUGGACCGUUUGCUUCUGCGUGAGCGUCGUAUGGCGGAGCGAAAACGAGAUGCGGAGAUUCUGCAGUUGAUAAGACGUCCUAAUGAGGACUCUGAAAUGCCACAAGAACUGGUAAUCCCAGAGCUGGAUAGGAUUGCGGGCAACAGACUUCCCGGCCAGGCAAUGGCCGAUUUGCUCAUGGUCUUUGAAUUCCUGCAUAAUUUCGGCGAGACUCUGGGCUUUGACAUGGAAUCACUGCCCUCGCUUCAGAACCUGCAUGAUGCUUUGAUGAGCGAUAGCAAUGCGGAUGCGGAAGAGGAGUUGCUGUCGGUGAUGACGCAUCUGUUGGUUUGUGCCAUUGAGGAUCCAGGUGUUCCUAAUCCCGGCAGACACACCACUUUACUGGGACAAUCGCUACGCAAUGCGGACAUCACCAAUUCGAAUGUAUCCGAAAUCCUGAGGAUUUAUCUGUAUGCAACGGCCACAGGUGAAGUGCGUCAAAUGCACGGCAUCACUGUGGAUCGUGAGCGUGAGAGAAGGGUGCCGGAUCAUCACCAACUAGAUAGCGAUACCACCACUCAUUCACACUCGGUAAAGAACCAGGAAUAUUAUAAGCUUCUCCAUGAAAACGACACCUGGAAGUUGUCGCAAUCGCUGAAAGAUCGCCCCUUCGUUGCGUUGAAUCCCACACGUAAAGCCCAAAUGUUGGCCCAUCUCUGCAAUGACCUGCUCAUGAACAAGGCCGUGCUCCGCCAGAUUGAUGGAAGCCUGGAAACUUGCGCCCAGAUGCGAAAGGAGAAAUACAUGACGGACAUGAAGGUGCGCAAGUAUAAGGCUCUGCACAUGCGCAAGGCUCGAAUCGAGGCCUAUGAACGAGCGCAGGCGGAGCGUGAGGCGGCCAUGCAGGCGUUGAUGGCACAGCAGAAGCUGGAUGCCGAACGUCUUAAGGCGGAGGAGGAAGCCAAGGCUGCGGCGGCAGAGGAAGCAGCAGCUGCAGCAGUCGGAACAGAUGGAGAGGCAACCAAAGGUGGCUCACCCAAUGGCGAGAAGCCAGAAGAUGGCGAUCAGGAUGAGGAGGGAGCCGCCAAGGAACCCCAGCAGCAGCAGCAGCCAAUGGAAGUGGAUGGCGGCGUGGUCGAUGAGGAAUCUCUUGUAAGUCCGGCCAAAACCAUCAUCCAAACGGAGAAUAGUCUGACGCCCAGCAAACAGGACAUGCCCACACCCACCUACCAAAUUAAUGGAUCCAGCACACCUACCACAAGUGGUGUCACUGGAGGCGACAUGAAUGCUCUGCUGCAGGCCAAGAAAAGUGGGGCCCGCAAUUCCAUCAACGAUGAACACCAACAUGAUGUUAGUAUUAUUGACGAUGAUCUUUCCGAUUUGGACUCGGAGAUCACGAAUGUCGAGGAGGACGAGGACAAUCGCUUAAGUGCCGAUGAGUUGCAGAAGAAGCUCGACAAGAUUGUCAGAGCUUCCCUUAACUGCAAAGAGGCGCUGGAGAAGAGCACAAAUCAGCUGAGAGCAGCGUGUUUUGGACAGGAUCGCUUCUGGCGUCGCUACUGGAAGUUGCCCAAGGCUGGUGGUAUUUUUAUUGAAGCACUUGAGUCGGCCCAGAAUGAUAUAUGCGAUUAUAAUGAGGCAUUGGAGGCCAUGGAUGACAAAAAGGAUGCAAAUGACGAGAAAGAGAACUCCGAAAAUGAGAAAGAUGUUGCGGCGGAGUCCAGUGAGCAGCCAAUGGAGGUGGAUGAGUCUGACACAAAACUGGAAGAUGGUGUUCCUGCUCCGGACGUCGAGAUGCCUGAAACUAAUCAACAGAACGCACAUCAAGAUGAGGAAGAUGACGAUGAUGAUGUGACUGAAAUCAACAAGGUGGAACCGGAAAUUGUUGAUCUGGGCGACGAUGACGACGAUGCAGCUCCUCCACUGCCCAAGAUAGAACCUCCCAGACCAGAGAUCAAAGUUAAAUCGGAGAUGGAGCUGAUGGGUCCGCCACCGACGACCAUGAUAUCCACUAAGACCGACUUUGAAGCUGAAAUUAAAAUACCCUCUAUGCCCGGCAUCUUGAUGCCGCCUACCCUCAACAACAACAACACCAAUAAUAACAAUAACAACAAUGGAAGCGACAACUGUGAUAAGUUGGAAACUGGUUUGGGACUAGGACAGCAGCAGCAGCAGCAGCAUCAGCAGAACUUUAGCCAGGCUGUGAUCAAGACGGAGGAUGUGAAAAAGGAGGACGACUGCAUAAUAGUAUCGACAUCCAGUGUGGACGAUACACCAAAGUGGUUCUCCAUUGUCCGGCGGGAGGUUCCACUGAUCAGUGAACUGCCAGCGGAGGAGGGAGGCGUGGUGGGCCAGGAACUGCAGAUCAGCUAUGCAAAUCAGAACUGCUCGGCCCAGCUGCAGCUGCAAGGUCAUCCGUGGGAUCUGAUCAACAACAUGCAGUACUAUUCGAUUCCAAUGGACGAAUGCAAGGUGGACACCAGCAAACUGGGCAACGAGUGCAUCUUCUCGCUGAGUGGGCUCGAUGAAAAGCAAAUGCUAGCCAAGGUAGAGGAGUAUAAGGCCCACAAGGUGGAGUCAAAAAACGGUCUGGGCUCUCCUCAUCGCCACCACGAGACUAAAGAUGAUGAGGAGCAGGCCAAGCUGAAGUUGGACAAGGAGAUUGACACCGAAAUGGAAACAGAUGCAGAUGAGCUUGCUGGCAAGGAAAAGUUUUUUCGCUUGCGCUCUGAUGCACCACCGGACACGGGAGGAGGAGCCGGCGAGGGAACUGAUGUGAAGCCCAAGAUUGAGCUUCGUUUGGAUGAGGCGCUAUCACAGGCAUAUUACCACAACAUAGCCAAUAUGUCAUUGAGCAGUGUGCAAACAUAUAUACCCAUCGAUAUCCCUCUGCCGCUUUCCAUGACCCCCGAUGAGCAUCGUCUGCUGGAGCAGGUCAAGCUGGCCGGUUUUCCGGAACGAGUUCACGGAGUUUAUGUGCCUCGCAGGCAGCGCUACGGCUGGUGGCAAUUGGACGAUGAACAGAAGCUGCGCCAGCUGCUCAAAACUCUCAAUCCGUCCGGUUUGAGGGAGCGCGAACUGCAGGAGAAUCUUCAACGUUUCCUAGGACUGGAACAGCCAUUGGGUGUGAAUUAUAAGCUGAAAGCGGACAUCGAUUAUCCGGAGGAAUUCCUAAUGCCUGACAAGAAGGGCGAUUGGAAUCCCAAGGUAGCCAAACGAGUGGAGCUCGCCCUCAUCGAACAACUCGAAUCGCUGGAGGACAAGGUGGCCAGUGCUUCCAUGCAAUUAAAGAACUGGCAAUUGCCCAAUCGCGUGGAGAGUGAACUCACCUUGGACUCGCAGGAGGAUGUCACCGAGGAGGAUUUCGUGAGCAUCAUACCCAUGAUCCGCGAAAGAAUCAUUGAUUUGGAGGCGAACAUCGAAAGGCGUUACUUGAAGCCGCCGUUGGGCUCGCAGACAGGCGAUGCCCAUUUAGCGGUGAUUGCCCAGAACCAGCAUACCACCACCCAGACGCAGAACUCCGCAUCGGCAGCCGCAUAUCUCCUGCAGAUGCAACAGCAGCAGCAACAGCAGCUGGCUCAACAGCAGCAGCAGCAGCAACAGGGUUCGGGUGCGGGAAAUAACCUGAAUGCCUCAUCCUUCAACGAGCGUACUAUGGCUCUGGCGGCGGCGGCAGCAGCCUCGGGGCCAGGAAACCCAGCCGGAGGAGCAAACACGGCAGUCGUAGCAGGAGCCACGCCCUGCGAAUCGGGCAGCGGCGAACCGAAUUCCGGCAACGCGUCACCGGCCAGCAACUGCGACAGCGAUCGGGACGAGAAGGUGGAGCAGAUCCCCAAGGGAUUGGUGCAGUGGCGUGACGCAGUAUCCCGAUCGCACACCACCGCCCAGCUGGCGAUGGCCCUGUACGUUCUGGAAUCCUGCGUGGCCUGGGACAAGAGCAUUAUGAAAGCGUAUGCAACAAAAAACAAGUCCAGCAAAAAGAAGAGCAGCGCCAAAAAGCAGGCAACACCCUCGAAGAAGCAGCAGCAGAAGAAAAAGAAAAAGGAGCAGCACGUGACCACCAAUGGAAAAGAUAGCAAAACCGCCAUCAAUAAGCCAGAAAACAAGGCUCCGCUAAGCAUCAAAAUCAACCUUAAGGCUUUGGCCCAAAACGGGCAGUGUUUGCUGAAUCAAGCCCAAACUAAGACAGCCCAUAUCCUAACCAAAUCCCCAACCGCAUCCCCAUCCUCCCAUCCAAACCCUAGCGACUCCGACUCCGACUCGGACUUUGGCAAACGGACGAAGCAGAAGAGCGGCGGCAAACGCAGCAGACGCUCGGCCAACAAAACAAACUCUAGCAAAUAUUCAAAUUCCUUACAGAAUUGCCAGUUCUGCACGUCCGGCGAAAACGAGGACAAGUUGCUAUUGUGCGACGGCUGCGACAAGGGCUAUCACACCUAUUGCUUCAAGCCCAAGAUGGACAACAUUCCCGAUGGCGAUUGGUACUGCUACGAGUGCGUGAACAAGGCGACCAAUGAGCGCAAGUGCAUCGUUUGCGGCGGUCAUCGUCCCUCGCCCGUGGGCAAGAUGAUCUACUGCGACUUGUGUCCCCGUGCCUACCACGCUGAUUGCUAUAUACCACCGCUGCUGAAGGUACCGCGUGGCAAGUGGUACUGCCACGGCUGCAUCUCGCGGGCGCCUCCGCCGAAGAAGAGAAGUGCCGGUGGCACGUCCGGCAGCAGCAGCAAAUCCAGGAGGGACAGGGAUAGGGAGUCGGGCGGUUCGGCCAAGCGGCGUAGCGACAACAGCAAGACACCAGCCAUGGAGCACAUGCAGCAGCAGCAGCAGCAGCAGCAGCAUCAGCAGAUGCCACUGGCAGGCGGGGAUUCCCACCAUCAUCAUCAUCAGCAGCCGCCGUCGCUGAACUCCUCGCACGAUGAGUCGAUGAAUUCUCUGCCGGCGGCUCCUCUGAGUCCGGCGCACUCGGUGGUCUCGGCAACGACCUACGAUGACCAGCACCAUGCCAACAACUCGGUCGAUGGCAGCAGUCGCUUCCACGCGCAUCUCAUUCCCCCCUCAAAUAAUGGCACUGCGGCUCUGCUGGAAGAUGUGCCGGGCGGCGGCAGUGUGAUGCCCAGUGGUUACCCAGUUUAUACGCCAGUUGGGGCUGGCAACUUCUCAGCCGGAUUGAUUAGCCAAGCGCCGGUGCCGCCGGCGUUGCCGUUUGCCAACGUGGUCGCCAUGUCGCCACGGGCUGUCACGCCCACCCGCACCCGAACGCCCACACCGACGCCAGCACCCACUCCGCCACCACCACCGCCGACACCGCUGCUCAUGCAGGCCUCGCCCACAGCCACCGCCCUCCAUGUAAACGCCUGCCAGUCGCCGCCCCAACAACAGCAUGCGCAGCUGAUGACCAUGCCCUCGCCACCAGCCAUUGGAACGGUGGGAACGGCAACUAACCAAAUGUCGCCGCCGCCCAUCAACAUACAUGCCAUUCAGGAAGCCAAGGAGAAGCUGAAGCAGGAGAAGAAGGAGAAGCACGCCACCAAGAAGCUCAUGAAGGAGCUGGCUGUCUGCAAGACGCUGUUGGGGGAAAUGGAGCUUCAUGAGGACUCGUGGCCAUUUCUUUUGCCAGUGAACACCAAGCAGUUUCCCACAUAUCGAAAAAUAAUCAAAACUCCCAUGGACUUGUCCACAAUCAAAAAGAAAUUGCAAGAUUUGAGCUACAAAACCCGUGAGGACUUCUGCGUGGACGUGCGUCAGAUCUUCGACAAUUGUGAGAUGUUCAACGAGGACGAUUCGCCCGUUGGCAAGGCCGGACACGGCAUGCGCAAGUUCUUCGAGUCACGCUGGGGUGAACUGACUGACAAGCACUCCUGAUCCUGCACCGCUAGCCUGCCACAGAUCCAGAUGGCCACCAGCAGCAGUAACACCAUCGCCAUUGGCACCACCGUCACGCCGAACAGCAUGGCCAUACCAGCAACGCAUCCCAUUGAAAUGGUCACCCUGAUCGCGGCAACGCAAAAGGAUGAGGAGGCAGCCGUGGAGACGACAGCAGCAUUAACUGAAGCAGCACAAUUUUGGUCAAGAGAUUAGAUUAGGUUAAGCAGAGAUUGUACAUAAAUGAGAGGAGGAGGAGAGGGUUAGUUAUAGUCUAAAAGCGCAGCAUACACAUUAAUAUAUAUAUUUAUAUAUAGUAGAUAUAUAAACACACGCGAGAGUAUUCAACGUCCUAUGUCGCUAAAGACCUUGGAAAGGCGUAGCUUUGAUUUAAUGGAAUCACCAGCCAAGGCGAACAACAGUAUGCAAGUGAAAAGGUGUAUUCAGAUUUUAAGAAUCCAAGGGCGGCGAAGAGCAGCAGCAGCAACAGUAUAAACAAACCUAUUAGCCGACAUAAACUAGCAGUUAGAAAUCGUAUCGCAUAAGAAGCCAUCUACAGUAGACGCCCGGACUGGAUGAACGCUGACAAAUGACAAAAGAACACGUACAAAAACUGUCUACCAAUUUCCGAUCCGAUCCGAUCCGAUCGAUAGAUCCAUCGUUUGAACAGUAUUUUGUGCACAAAGCCGCGUCGCUUUAUUUUCUACACUUACAAUUCGAAGUCUAAUUUUAGCAACUAUUUUUUAAGCACCAACGAAGCGCUCAUUUAAGUUUUAAAGUGUAUUUUGUACUUAUAGCAACUCCGAAAUCUGUAUUUAAACGUAUUAUAACUAGAGCUAACAGUUGCCCAGGCAAACAAUGCGAACAAUUAUACUCAAAGGCGGUGCGCGAAGGACUUGUAAAUGUAAAUGGAAGCAUAUUAAAAUUAAAUGUAUUAAAUUAUUUAUUCUGUGUAAAUUUUCCACACUGUAGUUGGUACUUUGAUCGUAACUUUGGCAAAUCGCAAAUACAACUCGAAAUCAAAUCAAAUCGAAUCGAA